AUGCGGGACAUUGUUCUGAAACGAAUGGUUGAGUUCGCGCAGCGUAACGGCGUGGAGGGAAUGGCGUUGGCACCUUGGAUUCGCUUUCGAUCAUCGACUUUUUUGUGGGGAGCUGGUGGUGGACGAGGUGGAGGGAGGGAUGUGGCCCCGUGCGUUAGACGCUUGUGGAUUUCUGGGCUUCUCCCGUUCUUCGGGAGCUGGGCGCCACCGAGCAUGCAAGGAUGGUGA